AUGGCAGUUAUUGACAAGCGAUACUGUGAUGCCUACGGCUACUGCUAUUCAACCUGGAACUCCUGGGGUCGCUGGGUCGCCUUCGCUGUCAUCGUCGGCGUCGCGUUCCUGAUCUUCUUCAUUUUCAUGUGUUUCUCUGCCCGUCGCCGCCGCACACACGGUCUGCGUCCCUACGCCGGCACAGGCUGGAUGGCUCCUCCCCCUGGCAAUCCUCCCCCUGGCCAGCCCGGCUACCAGCAGCCCUACUACGGCGCCGGAGAUCCUUACUACCCAGCCACCGGUCCGCCACCGCCGCAGUACGAGGCCAACCCGCAGAACUAUGGCUACUUCGGGUCGCAGCCACAACCACAGCAGGGGGGCAUCGAGCUGCAGUCGCCGCCGCAUGCCUACGCGAACCGCGCUGAGCAGCCUUACGAGCCGCCUGCUGGUCCGCCGCCGAGUAAGGCAUAA